ACCAGUCUAGUCGGCCGUUGAUCGCGGUACCGCGAGCUACGGUUCUCUCCUGUGCAUCUUUCCCGCGCCGUGUACUGCCAUCGUGUGCUUCGAGUUCCUCCCAAUUAUCUUUCGAAGGAUACCGGCUGAUCAUCCUUGAAAGAUGAGUUGCAACUGUCCGUUAACCGCGUCCACAGGACCUACUUUGGCCUCGACAUGCGGCGGACCGUCCUUCAUGCUCUUCAUGGGGCUGCUCGAGGUUUUCCUGCGUAGUCAAUGCGACCUCGAGGACCCGUGUAACAGACCUGCACCGCCGAGCAAUGUCAACGCCAGGUACGACUUUGUCGUAAUCGGAAGCGGAAGCGCCGGCGCAACUGUCGCAGCCAGAUUAUCGGAGGAACCGAGAUUUUCCGUGUUACUCCUGGAAGCUGGAUUGGACGAGCCGACUGGCACUCAAAUACCUUCAUUUUUCUUCAACUUUAUCGGCAGCGAUAUCGAUUGGCAAUACACUACUGAAAGCGAGGACGAAGCUUGCUUGAACAAGGAUGACAAAAAAUGUUACUGGCCUAGAGGAAAAGUUCUCGGCGGCACCAGCGUCAUGAACGGGAUGAUGUACAUGCGAGGAUCGCGCAAGGAUUACGAUGACUGGACCAGACUUGGUAACGUGGGAUGGUCUUAUCGCGAUGUCCUUCCGUUUUUCAUAAGAAGCGAGGAUAAUCAGCAAGUAAACAACAUGGAUUACGGUUAUCACGGAGUUGGUGGGCCGCUCACGGUCACGCAGUUCCCUUAUCAUCCGCCAUUGAGUUUCGCUCUCUUGGAUGCUGGAAAGGAAUUAGGAUACGACACGGUCGAUUUGAAUGGACGGACGCACACCGGAUUUGCUAUAGCGCAGACCACGUCCAGAAACGGCUCGCGAUUGUCCACGGCGCGCGCUUUUCUGCGUCCCGCCAGGAACCGACCAAAUUUCCAUAUAAUGCUGAACUCGACGGCGACGAAGAUCCUCUUCGAUGAGAACAACCGGGCGAUUGGCGUCGAAUUUGUUCACGACGGAAUGACAAAACACGUGACAGUGAUGAAGGAAGUGAUCGUCAGCGGAGGUGCCGUCAAUUCGCCGCAAAUUCUGCUAAACAGCGGCAUAGGGCCUCGAGAGGAGCUCAACGCGGUAGGUGUGCCAGUCGUUCGCGAUCUUCCGGGGGUCGGCAAAAAUCUUCAUAAUCACGUCGCCUACGCUCUGGCCUUCACCAUCAAUGAUACUGACACCACUCCUCUGAAUUGGGCGACCGCCAUGGAAUACUUGCUGUUCAGGGACGGCCUGAUGUCCGGCACAGGAAUAUCCGAGGUGACGGCAAUGAUAAACACGAAGUACGCGGAUUCGAGAGAGGAUCAUCCUGAUGUUCAACUGAUCUUCGGCGGUUACCUAGCCGACUGUGCGGAGACCGGUAUGGUGGGUGAGAAGAAGGGCGCGAACCGCAGUAUCUAUAUCAUCCCGACGAUCCUGCACCCGAAGAGCCGUGGUUACCUGCGUUUGCGAAACAACGAUCCUCUCUCUAAGCCGUUGAUCUAUCCCAAAUACCUGACUCAUCCCGACGACGUGGCUGCUCUCGUGGAAGCUAUUAAGUUCAGCAUCCAACUAUCGGAGACCGAGGCGCUCAAGAGGUACGGUUUUCAGCUCGACCAAACUCCCGUGAAGAAUUGCGAGCAUCUCAAAUUCGGUUGCGACGCUUAUUGGGCGUGUGCGAUUCGUCACGACACCGCGCCCGAAAAUCAUCAGGCGGGUUCCUGCAAGAUGGGGCCGCCGGACGAUCCUUUGGCCGUGGUUGACAAUCAGCUGCGGGUCAGAGGGGUGCGUGGUGUAAGGGUGGCCGAUACGAGCAUCAUGCCAAAAGUGACGUCCGGCAAUACGAACGCGCCGGCGAUUAUGAUUGGUGAAAGAGCGGCAGACUUCAUCAAGAAGACUUGGAUCGGUUGAUUCGAAUUCGUUUAAUCGACUGCACUGUUCUUAGCGUUAUCAUUUCAUAAAAGGCACCGUGUCUCAGACACAAACAACUCAAAAAUGUAAAGGAGUUUGAAGAGAUUUUCAAUUUUUUUAGGUAUUUUUUAUUCGCGCUUUAUUCUCUUUUAGAUUUUUAUAUACUGCAAAUUUUUUAAUAUAAGUAAAAAACAUACGCUUUAUACUGACGCAGAUUUAUAAUCUUCCGGCGAUUUUUGAACAUUUUGUUCAAAGAUUUUUCGAUAAUUAUUAUUCAAUAGUAUGUAUUUCUUUUUCCUUCUCGAUAAGUUAUAUUACUUACCUAAUUUUCUAUUUUUAUCAAAACAACAAUUUUUCAGUAAAAUACCUUUUUGGCCAUUAAAAAGAAAUAAUGUCGCAACUUUUCUUAGUUACAGUUUAAGAUUUUGUUCUACGUUUAUUUGGUGCUCUAUUUAAUUUACAUUUAAGUUUGUUUCCCGGAUUGUACCAAAUAAUUUAUUAAUCGCAAUAAUUUUUAAUAAGCAAAUUAUCCGCAACUGCGAUUCCUUUUUGCAUUUCCACCGAAAAUAAGUAGAAUAAGAAACUUCUCCUGUAAAUAUAGUACAUUGCCGCAGUGUAUUCACCUACAAAGCACUUAUAAGAUGAUGUACAAAUAAAGAAUAUUUUUGCGAAGUGUAUUAUCACUUUUAAAGUGUAUCGUGAUU